CAUAGAAUAAUAAUGGAAUUUUUAUUAGCUCAUUUAAUUCUCAAAUAGAAUAAUUGCAGGAGAAUAAUUGAAAGAGAAGAAGUUUAUCAAGCUUAGAUUAUUCAAUAAAUUUUUAACUGUUACUACAGUGAAUAUUGGAAGUCAUCUUUGCAUUCUAUUAUUAUCAUAUAUUUAUAUUAUUGAACUACCAAGUGAGUUGAUGCCGUUAUCAGACUGUUCGACGUACAGGCAUUCGUCAACGAAAGAUAGCGUUAUCAUUACAAUAUACACGGCAUUCCUCUUGACAAAAUACAGAUGGCGAGACUCGCGUACGCAACUUGGAUUUACAGAGAAUAUCGACAGCAUUCUGGCAACCAUAUUUAUAAGCAUCGUAGCCAUGCGUUGAGAUGCAGUGGACUUGAUAUGAGUCGGGAAAAAAAUUUGGUUCUCGUGGCACGUUUCGAGAUAUUUGACGAUGUUUGAUAAAAUAUACACAUAUAAUUCUUAUCAGUAACGUGCAAGCAGAUCUACGUAACAGAACCAGAGAUAAUCAAUCUCGAAUAAAAAUAGUUUAAUAUUCCAAAUAUAACGACACACACUACAUUGUUCUCAACUUAUUUGAAGUUAUAUUAUCAACCAUAUUGCAGCAGCUGAUUGAAUGGAGAUCUGUGUCGAUUCCUUGGAAUCUGCGAGAAACGCAGUUGACGGUGGUGCCAGCAGACUGGAAAUUUGCUCGGCUCUUUCGGAAGGUGGUCUAACUCCGAGCCCAGGCCUACUUAAGCAAAUAAGAAGCUUCGCCACGAUCCCGCUCUACGUCAUGAUCCGCAUUCGCGGUGGCGAUUUCGUCUACACCACCGAAGAAAUCGACGCUAUGCUUCACGAUCUGAUGAUCCUUAAGGAUCAUCACGCGAACGGAUUUGUCUUUGGCGCGUUGACUCCCGAUUGCAAAAUCGACACUGUCGCAUGUAAGAAAAUCAUUUCCGCCGCUCGUCCUUUGCCGGUGACGUUUAGCCGUGCCUUCGAUCUUACGAUCGAUCCUGUCAAAUCGUUGCAAGUCCUCGCCGAUCUCGGUUUUCAGAGGAUUCUGACAUCGGGACAGAGGAAUAGCGCUCUGGAAGGAUUAGAAUUGAUAAAAAUCUUAGUACAAAAGACGCAGGAAUUAAUAAUUAUGCCUGGAGCUGGCAUCACGAAGGAUAACAUUCGCAAAAUCAUGGAAUCUGGUGCCAAGGAGUUUCACGCAUCGGCUAAAAAACAGAAAAUGGUGAUUUAUGGUGGGAAUAGAGUGAGAUUGGGUCCUAAUGAGAAUGAUUUUAUUAAUGUGACCGACAAAGAGCUAGUAAAGGAACUGGUCGAUAUCGUCGGGAAUAUUAAAGUGAAUGAAUCGUCUUGUAAAAAAUAGCUUUAAGAAAAAUAAUCUAAUCUCAUUUAUUUUUAUAUAACAUUUUAUUUUAUUUAAAAACAGUAAAAAAAUAGGAAAAUGCAGUUGAAAAUAAAAAACAUUAUCUUAUAUUAAAAAUUAUUUAAUUAUCAUUUUUUGAUAUGAAAUUUGUGAUCUAGAAAAAAACAAAUAUAUCAUUAUAAUCCGGCCGUAAUUAUAUCUUACGUUUAUUUAUAAUAAUGACGUUAUAGCGUGAAUAUCAACAGUGUAUAUGUUACUAAACGUUUAAAAUUUUAGUUGAUUUGAAACAUUGAUUGAAAGCGAUUGCAAAAACAGAUAAGAGCAAAUAUGUAUAUUCAAAUGAAAAAAUUAUCUAAUAAGAAUUGUUACCUUUGAAUAAUAUUCUUAAACUAAUUUUGAAUAUUUUAUGUUAUAACAAUUUUUUUUAUUUAUACAUAUUUUAUAAUUAUUGUCAAAAUAAAAUCAAUAAUGCAUAACAAAAGAUUAAAAAAAAAUUGUAAUAUUUUAUUAAUUUUUCAAUUUUUUAAUAGUUAAUUUUCUCAGAAACAAAAGCUCCUGAGAAAAUUUUAUUUAAUUCUUUUAACUUACUUUUUUUAUAUAGAAUCAUUACUUUGCUGAUUGUACCAUUAGAUAAUGGGACAUUUUAUAUGUAAGGCAUUUAAACCUGAAUUGUACAAUUAUAUAAAUGAUAACGAUUAUAUCACAUCUAAUCCAAGUGAUUUUAUAAUCAUUUAAAUUUUAUAACUUUUAAUCAAUUUUUUAUAAACAAUAUCUUAAUAUUUUGUACUUAUUUAGAUGUAAAUUUAUCAUAUCAUUAAUUUAAAUUAUAUUUUAGUUGAUCAAGUAUUUAUAUGCAAAAUAGAGUCUAUAAUACUUAAAAAUAAAUUUUUAUAUUUGUUACUUCAUUAUGAUUCCAAUUGCUCUAUAUGUAUCACACAAUUUAUUUUAUAAAUCUAAGAUGCAUGUUUAUUGUGGCCGACGAGCAAUUUCUUGAAAUGAAAAAUAAUACAUUUAGUAAGAAAAAUAAUAAACCGCUGAUAAAUAUAUUAAAAGCGCACGACAUAUUUUCGCCAUUCUCUCUUUAAAUUAAUUCAACUACGUGCUAAAAAUUAAGUGCUCGUAAAUUAGUAACUCUUUUAAAUAUGGAAAAAUGUGUUGCAUCUUUAGCAAAAUAAAAUUCUUAUUUAAAUAAAUUCUUAUCACGCAAA